AUGGCAGAUGAAAUAGCCCGCGUACAGCAGUACGAGUAUCGACAGAAUAGCAAUCUUGUACUGCAAGUCGAUUUCAAUUUCACAGAUCGUCGUGGCCGCGAUGAGCCUACCGGUGAAGUUAUGCCACUCACUAAGGAGGUUUUGGCUGGUGUUAAGAUGGGUGACAAGUAUCAGCGAGCCAAAGCACCUGUAAUUGACACCAAGAAAGCAAAAAAAAAAAAGCGAACUGAUGCAAGUAUCACGGGAAAUAGUACUACAUCGCACACUUUGUUGGGAGAUUCAAACACGGAAUUGAUGGGUUUGUACAAACCAAGAACUCAAGAAACAAGACAGACCUAUGAAGCAAUAUUGGCUUAUAUACAAGACGCUAUUGGAGAUCAGCCACGUGACAUUCUAUGUGGUGCUGCUGAUGAAGUCCUGGCAGUAUUAAAAUCUGACAAGAUUCGUGAGAAGGAUCGUAAGAAGGAAGUAGAGCUUCUUCUUGGACUGCUAACGGAUGAAAGAAUUGCUCAAGAUGAAAUAGACGAAACAAUUGGUGUAAAUGUACAAUUCGAUGAUUCUGAUGAAGAAGUUGAGGGCGACGAAGGUAUGGAGGAAGAGGUGAAAGAAGAAGGAUCAGGUGCAGAAGAUGAAGGUGGCGUUGAAGCUGUUUUUGAAGAAACACUUAAAGCUCGAUACGUUGAUGAGGAUGAUGAGAACGCGGCUGGUGAACGAAAAGGAAAUCUGCAUGCUCGUGAUAUAGAUGCACAUUGGAUUCAACGGUCACUCUCAAAAUUUUACAAAGAUCCAAUUGUGGCACAGCAGAAAGUUAAUGAAGUGUUGCAAGUUUUAAAGGAGGCAUCCGAUGACCGUGAUUGUGAGAAUCAGCUUGUAUUAUUACUUGGUUUCGAUCAGUUUGAAUUUAUCAAAGUGCUUCGCCAACACCGACAAAUGAUUUUGUACUGUACUCUCUUGAAACAAGCACAGGAAGGCAGAGAAAGAGAAAACAUCGAGAAGGAAAUGUUAAGUCGACCAGAGCUGCACCAUAUUCUCGCUGAGCUUCACGAAACAGAAAGUGCGGAUACAGUUGAGGCUGAACGGGAAAAACGUGCUCGGGUACAACAACAACGUAGAAUAGUUGAAGCUGAAGGGGGUAAUGAAGAAGGGACAGCAGUGGGUAACUGGUUACAAUCACGUAAAGUACUUGAUUUGGAUGAUCUUGCGUUCUCACAAGGCUCACAUUUAAUGAGCAACAAACGUUGUCAUUUGCCGGAUGGCUCCUAUCGUAAGCAGAAAAAAAGUUAUGAAGAAGUUCAUGUGCCAGCGCUUAAACCCAAGCCAUUCGAGGAAAAUGAGAAACUCGUUGCUAUAGCUGACUUGCCGAAGUAUGCACAACUAGCUUUCGAAGGAUUCAAGACUCUUAAUCGGAUUCAGUCGAGACUGUGCGAUUCUGCUUUAAAAUCAGAUGAACAUUUGCUCCUGUGUGCACCUACGGGCGCUGGUAAAACUAAUGUUGCCCUAUUGUGUAUUUUGCGCGAGAUAUCAAAACAUAUGAAUACUGAUGGGAGCGUACGGGUAGAUGAAUUUAAAUGCAUCUACAUUGCUCCAAUGAAAUCAUUAGUUCAGGAAAUGGUUGGAACUUUCACAAAACGCUUAGCGCCUUACAAAAUUACUGUUGGUGAAAUGACUGGUGAUCAACAAAUGAACAAGGAACAGUUCAUGCAAACUCAAGUGAUUGUUUGCACUCCUGAAAAAUAUGAUAUUGUGACUCGUAAAGGUGGGGAACGUGCUUAUAGUCAGCUCGUUGCACUGUUAAUCAUUGAUGAAAUUCAUCUUUUACACGAUAGCAGGGGACCAGUGUUGGAGGCCAUUGUUGUAAGAACUCUACGACAAAUGGAACAAAAUCAUGAAGAAUGUCGUUUGGUUGGACUUUCAGCAACUUUACCAAAUUACCAGGACGUUGGGACAUUUCUGCGAGUGAAGCCGCAGAAUUUGUUUUUCUUCGAUAAUAGUUUUCGACCUGUUCCACUUGAACAGCAGUAUAUCGGUAUCACGGAGAAGAAAGCGUUAAAACGAUAUCAAGCAAUGAAUGAAGUCGUUUAUGAUAAAGUGAUGGAACAUGCUGGGAAGAGCCAGGUUUUAAUUUUUGUGCACUCGCGAAAGGAAACAGCUAAAACAGCAAAAGCUAUACGUGAUGCCUGUCUUGAAAAGGAUACUUUAAGUGCAUUUAUGCGGGAAGGCAGUGCAAGUACUGAAAUUCUCCGGAGCGAAGCAUCACAGGUAGCAAACGCAGAUUUGAGGGAUUUAAUUCCUUAUGGUUUUGCAAUUCAUCAUGCCGGUAUGACUCGUGUUGACCGCACCCUUGUUGAGGACUUGUUCGCCGAUCGCCAUUUGCAGGUUCUUGUUUCAACAGCUACACUGGCCUGGGGUGUUAACUUACCAGCUCAUACCGUGAUCAUCAAAGGAACACAAAUUUACAGUCCAGAAAUUGGGCGUUGGACUGAACUAGGCGCCUUAGAUGUUAUGCAGAUGCUUGGCCGUGCUGGUCGACCUCAGUAUGACUCAAAGGGUAAAGGUAUUAUGAUAACACAUCACUCCGAGUUGCAGUACUAUCUAUCACUCAUGAAUCAACAGUUGCCGAUCGAAAGUCAGCUGAUCUCAAAAUUAGCUGAUACGUUAAACGCUGAAAUAGUUUUGGGAACUGUCAAUAAUGUCAGUGAUGCAAUGAAUUGGUUGGGCUAUACAUAUUUAUAUGUUCGUAUGGUUAAGUCACCUGCGCUGUACGGCAUUUCACAUGAACAAAUGAAACUAGACCCUUUAUUGGAACAGCGACGUGCAGAUCUGAUUCACACAGCUGCAGCACAGUUGGAUAAAGCUAAUCUUAUCAAAUAUGAUCGUAGAAGUGGACUUAUCCAGGCAACUGAAUUGGGUCGCAUUGCUUCUCACUUUUAUUGUACUCAUGAUACGAUGCAAACAUACAAUCAACUUCUGAAGGCGACAGCAACUGAAAUUGACUUAUUUCGUAUAUUUUCAAUGUCAUCAGAAUUCCGAAAUAUUAUGGUUCGUGAAGAGGAAAAGUUAGAAUUGCAAAAACUGGCUGAACAUGUUCCGGUCCCAAUCAAAGAAAGUUUAGAAGAAAGUAGUGCAAAAGUUAAUGUGCUUCUUCAGGCCUAUAUUUCACAAUUGAAGCUGGAGGGGUUUGCACUUCAAAGUGACAUGGUAUUUAUUAGUCAGUCCGCGGGACGGCUGUUCCGAGCACUGUUUGAGAUUGUAUUGUGGAGAGGUUGGGCACAUCUUGCACAGGCAUGUUCAUUUUUUCUAUUGAAACUUUCUGACUUUUGA